GAGGCUUCUUCGGACCCAUCUUAAUUAUCUGUCUUUGCAAUCCUCCACUAAAUAUUCAUUCAAUAAAGUCUGAUUCUUUCGAGGAGACGAAGACCUAAACUAAACGAGAACAAUUCAUUUUUCUUUUUUUCUGAAUUGCUGUGAAUGGGUAGAUGGAGAGCAGUCGCUGCUCUUCUUCGUCGUAAUAGUCAAUUACUCAAUUCUUCAAAGCCUUCUUCUUCUCCUCCAUGCCUUUGGAAACGCCCGGCGAUUGGCUCCCAAGCUUCUCCCUUUCUUAACUUCCGAUGCUUCUCAGCGUUCCCUUCUCCGAUUUCGAUUUACAACAACGACUCUGACUCUGGGUCGAGCGAUGUUUAUCAAAGCUACGACUUUGGAACAAAGGAAGAGGAAGACAGAGGCAAGAUCCCUAUCAAAGCCUAUUUUCUCAGUACCAGUAUUGAUUUGAAGGGGAUGCAAGCUGACAACUUAUGCAAUGUUGUUCCUCCCACCUCUCGCUCAACCAACUCUAUUGCUCUCAGAUUCUCUGAUUCUUCUUCCGGUAUCCCUACGAUGGAUGAUAGGGAGAGUGUAAGCAGCUGCCGGUUCAUGGUUGUUUUUCAAUACGGUUCUGCUGUUCUUUUCAAUGUUGAUGACAAUGACGUUGAGGCUUAUCUCGACAUUGUUCGUAGGCGUGCUUCUGGGCUGCUUACAGAGAUGAGAAAAGACGAUUAUGCUGUGAAGGAGAAGCCUUUGUUGACUGAGGAAAUGAAAGGUGGCCCUGACUAUAUUGUUCUCAAAACCUUGGAUACUAAUAGCAUCCGUAUCAUUGGGAGUGUGCUCGGACAAAGUAUUGCCUUGGAUUACUUUGUUUCUCAGGUUGAUAAAUUGGUGGAAGAGUUUGCUGGUAUAAACCGUGCAAUGGAGAAAACCGGAACUUUCACAAUGCACAGGAAAAAGCUCUUCCAACUCGUAGGGAAGGCUAAUUCUAAUCUUGCUGACGUCAUUCUCAGAGUUGGUUUGUUUGACAGAUCCGAGAUUGCUUGGAGAGAGGCUAGAUAUGCGCUGAUAUAUGAGUACCUAAGAGAGGAGUACGAGGUCACUCAGAGAUUUGGGAAUCUAGACUUUAAGCUAAAGUUUGUAGAGCACAACAUUCAUUUCCUCCAAGAGGUGAUGCAGAACCGAAGAUCAGAUCUUUUGGAAUGGUGCAUUAUCUUCCUACUUACCCUUGAAAACAUUUUAUCUAUUUACGAGAUUGUCCGAGAAUCCACCGGAGCUUAACUCUGAUACUACAGAUCAUUGCAGAGUACUCAAACCUCUGUAAACAUCAGAAGGAAUUUUUUUAAUUAUUCUCAGAAUAGUUCAUUUGUUUUGAUUCUCGGUUUAAACCUUGUAAUAAACUCAGCUUGAGUAGCUAGCUUUCGCUGCUCAUGUCACAUUACAGUUUCAUAAAAUUAAAGAUCAAAUACAAAAAGUGAUGAUCUCUUCUUCUUGA